AUGUCUCGUGGCGGCACCACCCUCUACGUGACCGGCUUCAGCCACGGCACCCGCGCUCGCGAUCUCGCAUACGAGUUCGAACGCUACGGUCGUCUCGUUCGUUGCGAUAUCCCGGCCCCCCGCUCGUCGUCCAGCCGACUCUUCGCUUUCGUCGAGUACGAGGACAAGCGCGACGCUGAUGAUGCGUAUUAUGAGAUGCACAACAAGCGCCUUGGCCGUGACGACAUCCUGAAGAUUGAGUGGGCCAGAACUCCUCCUUCUGCUUCCUGGCGCUUCGAGUCCGGUCGCGACCGUGACCGCCGCGGCCCCCGUUCGCCCCGUCGUGGCCGCUCCCCCUCUCCUCGCCGCAGCACCCGCGACUACUCCCCCCGCAAGGAGGAUCGCCGCGACCGUGACCGCGACUACGACCGCGACAGCCGCCGCGACCGCGACCGCUCCCGCAGCCCCGAUCCUCGUGACCGCGACCGCGACGUCAAAGACGAGCGGGACGACCGUGACCGAGAUGAUCGCGACCGUGAUGACCGCGACCGCCGCGAGAACGGCACCAACGGCGAAGGCCGUGAUCGUGACCGCAAGGGCGAUGACACCCCUCCUCCCGCCGCUCACGACGAGCUUGACGUUGCCGAGUAG